GGCGUGCGAGAGCGGAGUAGCUUGAGUUUCCAGCGCCGUCUCCCAGACGCAGCGGUCAGCGAUCGAGCCCCAGCCCCGGAAUCACCAUGCCUCGUUCUUUUCUAGUCAAAAAGCAUUUCUCCACCAGCAAGAAACCCAACUACAGCGAACUGGAGAGUCAGACAGUGAUUGUGUCUCCCCACUUGUAUGACCAAUCCUAUCCGAUGUUGGCAAUUCCAGCACCAGAGGUCCUCAGUCCAGCAAUAUGUUAUCCUCCCCUGGUCUGGGAUAGUGGGCUGCUCUCUAGCUUCUUUACUCCCAUGCCAGUGGCUGCUCCUGGACCCCCAGAAGAGCCCAAGGCCCUGGACCUGACUUCUCUGUCCAGUGAUGAUUAUGACAGUGGCAAGGGAUCGGAUCCCCCAAGCCCAGUCUCCUUAGAAGAGGAGACAGAGAAGUUCUCCUGUGACCAAUGCCCUGAAUCCUACACCACUUUGCCUAGUCCCUCCAAACACCAGCCGCUCCAGCACAGUGAAGACACCCAGCCUAGGAAGUCCUUCAUCUGCAAGGUGUGUGAGAAGGAGUAUGUGAGCCUCGGUGCUCUCAAAAUGCACAUCCGAAGCCAUACCCUUCCCUGUGUCUGCAAGAUCUGUGGGAAGGCCUUCUCCCGGCCCUGGCUGUUGCAGGGUCACAUCAGAACCCACACAGGGGAGAAGCCCUUCUCCUGCACGCACUGCAGCCGCGCCUUUGCCGACCGCUCCAACCUCCGGGCCCACCUGCAGACCCACUCGGACGUCAAGAAGUACCAGUGUAAAAGCUGCUCCCGGACUUUCUCCCGAAUGUCCCUGCUCCACAAGCACGAGGAGACGGGCUGUUCAGGCUCCCGCUAAAGACUGCGGAUCGAGGGCGGUCCCGAGCAGAAGGUGCCCGCUGCCGCCGGGAUUCCCCUGCCGGGAACCCUUCCCGGGUCCGAAGGAGCCAAGUGAAUAUUUGCCAUUAUGAUUUUCAAGGGGAAAAAAAACAGGUUUCUAUAGGAAAUAGCUCCCUCUGUGUUAACUCCAGCUGUGGAGCAAAAUCCCCUCUCCCUCCCAACCUCCCCCUCCCUCCAACCUCCCCCUCCCCAACUUGCUGCUUCAGAUCUUAAUGAAAGGAGCUGGUGACGAUUUUCACCGAACCCUCCCCCACCCCCUUUUGGACUUUGCCUUUUUUUUUCUUUUUUUUUAAAGGCCGUUCCGGCAUUUCCUGACUGUAGUUUACAAUUUGAACCGUGACAGUUGCAGCUGGUGUCUGAAAUGUCGCUUACAGUCAGUCCCACGGGGGUGUUGUCGGCCCCUCCUUCCCCGAGGAGGGGGAAGUGGAGGGGGGGAGUGAUUUUUUUUUUUCCUUUUUCUUCUUUUGGUGCUUUUAAGCCAAGUCUGCUGGUCACUAUUCCUAUUCAGAAUCCUACAAAUUUCAACACCCCACCCCUUCCACCAAGAUGAAGGACAAAAAAGCCACGGGGGGCGGGGCGGCCCGGUGAACCUUUCUCAGAAGGUUCCGGGGUGGGGGGGUGUCUGUCUGCUCCUUUCUGGAGGAAGCCGCUGCGUGGUCUAAGGUGUAACCUGGCCGGCCACAAAGAUGGACCCUUGGGAUACCAGGGCAGUUGACAACCUCCCCAGGAAGCUUGAGGAGCCAUUUCAAGUUGAAUCCCUAUUUCUAGGGUAGUUUUGAGCUGGAGCACCUGUUAAUAUGACUCUUAACUGCUUUUCAAGAGAACUGUGACUAAUAGUAAGCACUUGUCAAGCCAUACAAUAAGGGGGCUGUGCAGGGCCUGGCCCACUGACAGGUGUGUCCUCAGCUAUUUAUGGUGCCAGACAGGUGCACCAAAUAGGCAUCUCUGCCUGUUAUUUUUUUUUUUUUCACAUACUCAGAAGAUGUUUACAUUUCAAAGGUACACUGGUAUUUAUAUUUUUAUGCCACAUUUUGUACUGAUGAAACAUUUUUAUAAUUAUAUACACACAAUUUAUUGAUAUUCAAUAAAGUGCCUAAUUUAUAAAAAUAA